CGCGGGGCAGGCCGGGAGACGCGGGGCGGGCAUGGCGGGGCUGGAGCUGCUGUCGGAGCAAGGCUACCGUGUGGACGGGCGGCGCGCCGGCGAGCUCCGACAGGUCCGUGCCCGCAUGGGCGUCUUCGCGCAGGCCGAUGGCUCCGCCUACCUGGAGCAGGGCAACACCAAGGCGCUGGCCGUCGUUUACGGGCCCCACGAGAUGCGCGGCUCCCGCAGCAAGGCGCUGCCCGACCAGGCUCUGGUCAACUGCCAGUUCAGCAUGGCCACCUUCAGCACGGGCGAGCGCAAGCGGCGCCCGCACGGCGACCGCAAGUCCAGCGAGUUGACGCUGCACCUCAAGCAGACCUUCGAAGCCGCCAUCCUCACGCAGCUCUACCCGCGCUCCCAGAUCGACAUCUACGUGCAGAUCUUGCAGGCGGACGGUGGGAACUACUGCGCCUCGGUGAACGCGGCCACCCUCGCGGUGAUUGACGCCGGUAUCCCCCUGCGCGACUACGUGUGCGCCAGCUCCGCGGGCUUCGUGGAGGACACCCCGCUGGCCGACCUGAACUACAUCGAGGAGGCGGCCGGCGGCCCCCAUCUGGCCCUGGCCCUGCUGCCGAAGGCGGACCAGAUCGCUCUGCUGGAGAUGAACGGGCGGCUGCACGAGGACCACCUGGAGCGCAUCACUGAGGCCGCCCGCAAGGCCUGCAGGGACGUCCACGCCGUGCUGGACCAGGUGGUGCGCGAGCACCUGCAAGAAGCGGCCGCCCUCCCGGGGAACUGAGGGGGGGGUCGCCCUCCAGCAACGGGGGCGGCGGAAGGGCUUCCCCCGGGUGCUCCUCCUCCCCACCCCCUUUUCGUUCUACUGCGUCGCACCAAGCUGGUGCUCUGUAUGAGUGCCGGAAACGCGCCGCUCAAUAAACGUCCGGAGUUCAUAAGCGA